CAGCCUCACUCACCCUGAUAAUGCACCAUACUCACUUUAGGACUCUCCCAUACAGUCUCCUCACCCAGCCCAACCUCAGACUAAUCCUGACACGUUUUCCUACCCAGUUUCAUUCCAGGUUCAUCGAUGAACAGCCUCCCUACCACCGGCCCCAAUUCACGUCAAUUUAUUAUUAAGGACACUUUUCCCUGCCAGGCGUUUGGAGGGGAAGGAGGGGACAGAUGAAUGAGACAGAGCCACUACCCAAAAGGAAGUCACAGCCCAGUGGGGAGGCAGCUAUGCAAACAAGUAAUUACACAGAAGAAAUAACUAAGAGCGAAACAGAGGUGUAAGAGCUGUGCGGUGGCAGCUGCAGGCACAGUCAGCCUAACUGCGGUAGGAAGGCAUCUGUGGGGGAGAUGGAUCUAGGGUCGCGACAGCGGUUCUAAACCAUUGAGAAGGGGCAGCUUAUCAGAAUCACCAGGGUUUUUUUUCCCCCCAAAUAUAUGUGGCUGCCGUCCCCGGAGCUCUGACUCGCCUAGGAGAGCGGGGUGAGUGGCAAAGCACGUGCACAUGUUUUGAAAAAACUCCAAACGAUUUUUGUCCCUUAGUCUCCCAGAACCAGCGGUCUACACUCCCUGGAGACUCCGGAACAUCUAGAGUCCGCCGGGAGCACCCAUAAGAAAAUGACCCGGAGUUCAGCAGCUGACGCGUUACUAUGGAUACCCCAGGGCGGGGGGACGCACUCUGCACACCCUCAAAACGUCACCCCAUAGCCAACUCGGACGGCGGGCACAGGGCACGGCCCGCCCGGAACUGGGGGCGGGAGACGGGCGACUCUCCGCAAUCACAGUUCCAGAAGGGGGGCUAACAAGGUUUUCUCCAAUCACAACUUGCAAUGAAAUUGAUGCUUCUUUCCACCAAUCAUCGCCGAGUCGCGAAGGGGUUGUCGGGAUGGGGGCCGGAGCCAACAUGGAUCCCUCAGUGGAGUGAGGGUGAAGCUGCCGUUGCCGGCUGCUCCUGUUCUCCCCCCACCAUGUUGGUGCACUUAUUUCGGGUCGGGAUUCGGGGUAGCCCCGUCCCAGGCAAGCCACUACUACCCCUCCGCUUCCAGACAUUCUCGGCUGUCAGGUCCCGCGAUGGCCGCCCCAGCUCCUGCCUCCUCGGGGCCGUGGCCCGGCUGCAGCCCCAGAUCCGGGCCUGCCUCCCUCGAGCCCCCCCAGCUCCCGGCCGCAGCCCCUCUGCCUGGCGCUGGGUUGGGGGAGUCCUCCUGGGCCCCGUGGUCCUGAGUAAGUGCCCCCGCCGCGGCCUUGUGGCCCUCUGUGAGGCAGAAGCAGCCCCUCCGGCCCGCUCCGGACCCGGUGUCGUGGAGCCCCGCUUCAACUGGAAGCUCUUCUGGCAGUUUCUACGCCCCCAUCUGCUGGUCCUGGGGGCAGCCAUCGUGCUGGCACUGGGCGCAGCACUGGUCAAUGUGCAGAUCCCCCUGCUUCUGGGUCAGCUGGUGGAGAUCGUGGCCAAGUACACGAGGGACCACGUGGGCAGCUUCCUGACUGAGUCCCGGAACCUCAGCACCCACCUGCUCAUCCUUUACGGCCUCCAGGGCCUGCUGACCUUCGGGUACCUGGCGCUUCUGUCCCGCAUCGGCGAGCACAUGGCCGCAGACAUGCGGAGGGCCCUCUUCAGCAACCUGCUCCGACAAGACAUUGCUUUCUUCGAUGCUAAAAAGACAGGGCAGCUGGUGAGCCGACUGACGACCGACGUGCAGGAGUUUAAAUCAUCCUUCAAGCUCGCCAUCUCCCAGGGGCUGCGAAGCUGCACGCAGGUGGCCGGCUGCCUGGUGUCCCUGUCCAUGCUCUCCACGCGCCUCACCCUGCUGCUGAUGGUGGCCACGCCUGCCCUGAUGGGCGCUGGCACCCUGAUGGGCUCAGCUCUCAGAAAAUUGUCUCGCCAGUGUCAGGAGCAGGUUGCCAGGGCAACGGGUGUGGCAGAUGAGGCCCUGGGCAACGUCCGGACCGUGCGAGCCUUCGCCAUGGAGCAGCGGGAAGAGGAGCAUGGUCUUGGGCACCCUGUUUAUUGGGGGCUCCCUCGUGGCCGGACAGCAGCUGACAGGGGGAGACCUCAUGUCCUUCCUGGUGGCCUCCCAGACAGUGCAGAGCCGGCAGCCCCGCACGACGACGAGGAGGCGACCCACCGUCUGGACAGAUGGACGCUUGCCCCUCCGCUCACACAGGGUGGAGCCUGUGAUGACAUGUCUUCAGGGAAUUUUGUCUGGGGUCCCCCCAGAGUUCCCCCUGUGAUCCAGUGUCUUCUGUUUCCUUCUUUCUCUGGAAGGAGUAACAUGCUUUUUCCCACCUUCGUUAGCCCUCGCUUCCCCCGGGAGUGGACAGCGCUGGAUCUGACCCCCCGGUCCAUGGCCAACCUCUCUGUCCUGUUUGGUCAGGUGGUGCGGGGGCUCAGUGCAGGCACCCGGGUCUUCGAGUACAUGACCCUGAGCCCGUGCAUCCCGCUGUCCGGGGGCCACUGCAUCCCCAAGGAGCAUCUGCGCGGCGCCAUCACCUUUCACAACGUCUCCUUCAGUUACCCCUGCCGUCCCGGCCUCCAGGUGCUCAGAGACUUCACCCUCACGCUGCCCCCGGGCAAGAUCGUGGCCCUGGUGGGCCAGUCCGGGGGAGGAAAGACCACCGUAGCUUCCCUGCUUGAGCGCUUCUACGACCCCACGGCGGGCAUGGUGACGCUGGAUGGGCAGGACCUGCGCGCCCUCGACCCCUCCUGGCUGCGGGGUCAGGUCAUCGGCUUCAUCAGCCAGGAGCCAGUCCUGUUCGGAACAACAGUCAUGGAGAACAUCCGUUUCGGGAAGCCGGGCGCCUCCGACGAAGAGGUUUACGCAGCUGCCCGGGAAGCCAACGCACACGAGUUCAUCACCAGCUUCCCCGAGGGCUACAACACCGUCGUGGGCGAGCGGGGCGCAACCCUGUCUGGUGGCCAGAAGCAGCGCCUGGCCCUCGCCCGAGCCCUCAUCAAGCAGCCCUCGGUGCUGAUCCUGGAUGAGGCGACCAGCGCACUGGACUCGGAGUCUGAGAGGCUGGUGCAGGAGGCCCUGGACCGCGCCAGCGCUGGCCGCACCGUGCUGGUCAUCGCCCACCGGCUCAGCACCGUGCGUGGGGCCCACCAGAUCGUCGUCAUGGCCCACGGCCGGGUCUGCGAGGUGGGGACCCACGAGGAGCUCCUAAAGAAGGGCAGGCUCUAUUCGGAGCUCAUCCGGAGACAGGCCUUAGAUGCCCCGCCUCCUGAGAUGUCCAGGGGCCCUGGGAAGCAGCACCCCAAGUCCUGAGAGGUCUGGUCACUGCCGAGCAUCCAGGGCCAGGGCCAGGGCUCAGCUCGGGGGGGAUCCCGGGGACCGAGCCCCCAGGAGGGCCAGCAUGCUGGGGUGGGGGCUACUGCCAUUGCCCCCUCUGCUCGCAACGAAACCCGGGCCGGGCGCCGGGCUGGGGGGAGGUUGGGCGCGCUCCUCCUCCUGCUGCCCCCCUCCUGCCAGAGCAGACAGUCCUUGGGCUGCACAGCGGGCCCCUGCUCUGUCCCCUCCUUUUGCCAAGCCCUCCCCGACCCCUCCCCCAACCCUGCCGAGUGUCCCCCCCGUACCCGACAGGCUAAAGGUGUGCAGGCCGCAGCUGCAGGGAAUUUUCACAAGUCAGCGUCGGGGUGGGAGUAGGGGCUCACCCCAGGAUUCGUCCCACACCCGUACCAGGGCCUCAGCCUCCUCCACUGACCCCCGACAGGCCUCUCGGGGCCCUGCGAGAAGGCGCCCAGCCGCUGAGCCAGCCCUUCAACCCUCAGCCCACGUCUUGGGAGCAGCUUCCCUUCCUUCUCCUUGCUCCUUUACAAGUCCUUUCUCUAGGUUUUGCCCUCCCCCCAUCUAAACGGGACGGGUGCCUAACAGGCCCCCUGGCUCCUGGGGAGGGGGAGGAGGGGCGGGCAGCUGUGGUCUGAUCCACAAGAGGUUCUGCCCCGGCCCCGUGCGCCUCGAGCCUGUCACCUGGUGAGAUUGUGGACUGCCACCCUCUGUGUGAGGACAUUUAGCUCUGAAAGGGACAGAAGAGGACAUGCACCCCAAACUCCAGCCCCGGGGGACAUUCGGUGCUAACAGUCCCCACGCCACUAAGGAGCAGCUCCCGGGGCUGACAGGAGACAGAAGCAGUCCGACGAGGAGCAGUCACUGCCGGGCCAGCCUCCUGGCAUGGUCAGAGAGGCUCCCUGGAGCAGCUGGGACCAGAGCCUCACUUUGAAAGAGGAUAGGCCAGCUGCUGGGUGGCACAAGCCCUGAGACCCCAAAGCUGUGGAUGUGGGGGGGGGGGGCUGGACUCUUGUCCGCUUCUGGGGACCUAAGAGCAGCCAGGGUUUGCCCCCAGCCCUGGGCAGCUCCCAGAACCGGCGCGCCUCCUGCCUUGGUUCUGCUCGUGUCACGUGCCACCAGGAAACCUUCCCCCUUCACGGCCACGUCUGGGCCGAGGACUCCAUCCUGAGUCCUGCGCCCUGGCUUGAGGAAGAGGGGCCGCCCAUGCUGGACCUUCAAGGCCAGCCAGACCUUUUGGAUUUAUCCCGUGGCACAGAAGGACGAUGCCAUGUUUCAGGGCUUGGCAGCAGGGGCAGCUGUGGCUGGAGGCCAGCCUGGAGGAGGCUGCAGCGGCUCAGGUGUGAGUGCAGGAGCCGGGGUGAGAGUCCCCACAGCCUCUUCUGGGUGUGGUUUAGGACCAGUGCUACUUUAGGGAAAUAUCCCUAAACAUCCCAGGGCCAAAGCCACCCUGGUUUCAUGCCCUGCUUUCUUACUGAUGAGAGGUCGCACCCCAGGGCAGGCUCGGCCCGGGAAGCAGAGCACGGGCUAGCUCCGGGUUGCUUUGCCACUAAACGCCUCCCUGGUGAGGGCAGCCAAGCGCAGGCCUCAACUCCCCGGCCAAGUCCACACCGGCCUGCCUGGCUCCUCCCGGCUGAGGCCAGCUUGUGCUCUACCAGCACCAGCCGCAGCCUCCAGCCACCCAGACGUCUUCUGACACCAGAUUCUAGGUCUCUCCUUACCUCUGCAGGGUGGCCUCUCCAAAUCCUGCCCCCCCCCCGUCCCCUCUUUAGGGAAGUGGUGCGAUCCAUGGCGAGCCCUGAGCUGGAAGGCCUUGCGGUCAGCUGCACACUUGCUGUGUAGCCUUAACCUCAACCUUGGCUCCUGCAGCUAUUCCACGCUGAUCGUAAACCUAGCUGCACUUAAUUUCGUGAGCUUCUUUUAAGAGUUUAAUUAGAAUAAUCUGUGGUAAAGUACUUAGCCUCAGAAGCUGGUUACAUCUGUGCAAUAAACCACGUUCUUCACUCCAAGGUGUGUGUUCAUUAAGCA